UGAUGCUGAGCCUGGCAAGCGAGUCGGCCUCUGAGCACAUCACCAUCAGCGGCGGGGGGUGUUCGGCUGCCUGGGAAGAUCCCCAGAUGAACACCCUGCUGCUGGGGGGGUCAGGCAGGGGUGGUUGCCCACACUUGGCCCCUCCAUGUGUUCCCCAGCUGCACAUCGUCCAUAUCAACGUCAACUACCGGACGCUGGCAGAGGCCAAGGGGCACCCCAACGGGCUGGCCGUCCUCGGCUUCUUCUUCCAGGUUUCUGAAACCCCUAACACCAACUACAACACCAUUGUGAUGGGGCUGAGGAACAUCUCCCGUGCUGGGGACGCGGUGGAUUUGGCCUCUACCUUCCGGCUGAGCACCCUGCUACCCCACGCCAGUCGCCUCUCGGGGUACUACCGCUACCAGGGCUCCCUCACCACCCCCGACUGCAGCGAGGUUGUUGUCUGGACCGUCUUCGAGGAGCCCGUGGUUAUCGGCCGCGAGCAGCUCCAGGAGUUCGUCAGCACACUCCACUUCCCGGCCACCGGCUCCACGCUUCUAAAAAUGACCAACAACUUCCGCCCGCCGCAGCCCCUCCGCAGCCGAAAA